AUGACCUCGCAGCGCCGCGUCGGUGGAGGAGGCCACGACCAUGGGGAGCCCGCCGAGGCGGAGCAGCAGGAGAGAGCCGUGGCGCCGCGCGAGGUCCCGUAUGGCGCGGUGCGGCAGGGACCCUCCCCCCAUGACUCGGCCACGAGGUGGUGGAGCCGUGGAGGUGGCCCAGCACCAGGAGCGCCCACGGGGAAGGAGGAGGACUUCGCCACGCGCCCCAUCAGCCGCACGGCCCGCCUCUGCAUCCCCGACGGCGCCGAGGGGAUCAUCUUCGAGCCCUACGGCGACGCAUGGCGCCAGAUCCGCAAGGUCUGCACCGUCGCGCUGCUCAACUCCAUGGGGAGGAGGAGGCUGCCCAACUCCACCGUCGCGUCGCAUCCGCUCCUUCCGGCCCACUCGGCGGUGCGCGCCAUCGUCGGGAGCAGGUUCAAGGAGCGGGAUAGGUUCCUGGCACUGCUGGAGCACGGGAUCAAGCUGUUCGCCAAGAUGAGCCUGCCGGAUCUCUACCCGUCCUCACGCCUCGCGCUGCUCGUCAGCCGGAUGCCGCGCCGGAUGAUGCAGCACCGCGAGGAAGGGGGGCCGCCUUCAUGGACGCCAUCGUCCGUGAGCACCAGGAGAAGAAGACUUGCUGGACGUGCUCCUGAGGAUCCAGAGGAACAGCGAGACCUGCAGUUCCCCAUCUCCACUGACAACAUCAAGUCAACCGUUGGCGUAAUUAAUUAA